AUGAUCCUGUAUUGUCUUAAUACGUACCCUGUGUCGUCUCCAACAGCAAUGGCCAUCGCCAUACAAUCUCCAUGCCUCUACAGAUGUCCAUUAUACACCGCCCUCUAUUCUCUGGAAAAUAAUAAGCACAGGAAGAGACUAAAACAACAAAAACAAAAGCAAAUUCAUCAAAACACAAAACCCAAAAUCUCAAUUCCAAAACCAUCUCCUACCCCACUUCUCAUUAUCCAAAAACCCCAAUCCCAAACAAAACUCCAAGCUCUCGACGACAUUGUCACCAACCUCGAAGCCUCUCUGAAAAAUCGCAUCCAAAUCGAUACCCAGAUCUUCUCUUCCCUUCUUGAAGCAUGCUUUCGUUUACAAUCCAUUGAUCACGGUAUUCGAAUUCACCGCCUUGUACCGGAUAAGCUUUUACGUAAAAAUUUGGUUAUUUCAUCGAAGCUCCUUAGAUUAUAUGCCUCUAAUGGCUACAUGGAAGAAGCCCACCAAUUGUUUGAUGAAAUGGCUAAUCGGAAUGGUUCGGCUUUUCCAUGGAAUUCACUUGUGUCAGGGUAUGCGGAACUGGGUUUAUAUGAGGAUGCAUUGGCCAUUUACUUUCAAAUGGAAGAAGAAGGUGUUGACCCGGAUCAGUUCACGUUUCCUCGCGUGUUGAAAGCUUGUGGAGGAGUUGGAAUGGUUCAAAUUGGUGAGGAAGUUCAUCGUCAUGUGGUUCGUUAUGGCUUUGGGAAUGAUGGGUUUGUUCUUAAUGCACUAGUUGAUAUGUAUGCCAAGUGUGGUGAUAUUGUUAUGGCUCGAAAGGUCUUCAAUGUGAUUGCUUGUAAGGACUUGGUUUCUUGGAAUUCAAUGCUUACUGGGUACAUUAGACAUGGACUGUUAAUGGAGGCAUUGGAUCUCUUCCGGAGGAUGAUGCUUGAUGGACAUGAGCCUGACUCAGUUGCCAUUUCUUCUAUUCUGACUGGCUUGUCUUCUAUGAAACUUGGAGCUGAAAUUCAUGGAUGGGUUCUUCGUCGAGGAAUUGAGGGGAAUAUGUCCAUCGCCAAUUCUCUGAUUGUUAUGUACUCCAAUCGUGGUAAGUUGGAUCGAGCGAGUUGGUUGUUUGAUCACAUGCCUGAACGGGACGUGGUUUCAUGGAAUUCUAUAAUUUCUGCUCACAGUAAGGAUCCAAAAGUUCUAUCAUACUUCCAGCGUAUGGAGAGUGUUGGUUCGUUGCCCGAUGGCAUCACAUUCGUGUCAUUGUUGUCAGCCUGUGCUCAUUUAGGUAUGGUGAAGGAUGGAGAGAGAUUGUUUUCAAUGAUGAUAGAGAAGUAUGGGACCAGUCCGAUCAUGGAACACUAUGCUUGUCUGGUGAAUCUUUACGGUAGAGCAGGAUUGAUCAAUGAGGCAUUCGACAUUGUAGUGAAUAGAAUGGAGUAUGAGGCUGGUCCAACUGUGUGGGGGGCAUUGCUAUAUGCUUGUUACCUUCAUGGCAAUGUGGAUAUAGGAGAGACUGCUGCAAAGAUUCUUUUUGAGUUGGAGCCUGAUAAUGAGCAUAAUUUUGAGCUUUUGAUGAAAAUUUAUUGGAAUGCGGGGCGUUUGGAGGAUGCAGAGAGAGUGAGAUCAAUGAUGGUGGAGAGAGGGUUGGACUCGUAGAUUCAUGCAAAAUCAUGCUUUGUACAUCCCAAAUUUGGUUAUCCAAUUCAUCACGACGAAGCAUUGCUUGUGUAAAGCCCAAGUCCAAGUGCCAUGGAAUCGGGAACCUAUGAGGAGAUUUUUUUCUGUAUGAUAAUCAAAGGGAGUGGGAAAGCUGCAGUAAUUCUUUUGGAAAGUCUGGUUCUCUGUCUUCAAGCUUUCAUUCCUCAAUCCACUUAUUCGUUCCUUCAUAUACCUCUCCACCAAGAGAGAGAGACAAAUGGGAAUAACCGAACCACGUCUACAAAAUGCCAGAGCUGCUUCAAAGCCA